UGAACAUUAGAUGCUACCAAGCGGUCUGCUUAAGAAAAUCGCUGGUCUAGCUUCAUUUUCACUUGUGUGGAUUUUACAGGAAUAUUCUGUUAAUUUACUCUUAUGUGAUUGAUCUUACCAAGCUGCAUUUACCUACAAAAGCUGAUUAAACGAGAGUAAACCUUGCGUACUUGAUCACGUGGAAAUAUCUGACCUAAGUGGAAUCAUAAAAUUUAUCGAGCAUACAUCAAUUCAAAUUCGUGUUUGCAGCCAUUAAUCGUAGUAUAUGAGAAUGGCAGGUUUUCCACAUCCUUUCGUCACGCCACACCUUGGAUACCCCGGAUAUGCUCACCCAAAUUUUGUGCCCAACCCAGUUACGUCUGUUUCUCAGUUAUCAGCUGUGCAAAUUAAUGCUGGUUGGGUAGAACAUCAUUCUCAUGAUGGUAGAAAAUAUUAUUUUAACACCUACACUCAUCAAACUACAUGGGAAAAACCUCAAGAAUUGAAAACCCAGCGAGAGAAAAUACUUUUUAAUUCUCCAUGGAAAGAGUUUAAGUCUGAGAAUGGCAAACCUUACUAUUACAACGAAAUCACAAAACAGUCGGUUUGGGUAAAACCGCAAGAGCUAAUAGACGCUGAAAACCAAGCUGCAGCAUGUACCCCGACAUCAAAUAAUUCAAUCCCUGAGCCACCAAACGGCAUACCGCCUGUUACACCGUGCACACCAGCGACACCCAAAGAAGAUAUCAGUAAACCACCUGAGCCUUCAGAAAUAGAACGCGCUAUGAAAGCAACUUUAGCCUCUUUCGAGGCAUCAGAUGCAGCAACAGCGUCAAUUCCUAUUCCGCUUCCUCCAGACAAGUUAGAUGACAGUGAGGAGGAGAGUGAUGAGGAAAAACCUGUAAACAAUUCACAGUCAGCUACUACAGUUCCUCCAGCUACACAAGCUGUACCGGAGUAUAAAACGAGAGCAGAAAUGGCAGAAGGUCUUAGGAGGCUUUUUAGAGAUUGUAAUGUUCCAGGUGCUUCAACAUGGGAACAAGCAUUGAAACUUAUAUCCGGAGAUCCUAGGUAUGCUGUCUUGAAAACGUUUAAUGAGAAAAAGCAGAUAUUUAAUGUGUACAAAACUCAGCGAUUAAAAGAAGAGCGAGAAGAACAGAGAAUAAGAAUCAAAAGAGCAAAAGAAGACUUAGAAAAGUACCUAUUAAAGUGCAAUAAAUUGCAUUCAACUAUGUCAUAUCGCAGAGUAGACCAAUUACUUUCAGAUACAAAAGAAUGGACUGAUGUUCCAGAUCGUGAUCGUCGUGAGAUAUUUGAAGAUGUUAUGCAAGAGAUUGGAAAACGUGAAAGAGAGGAGGCUAAGAUACUGCGCAAACGAAAUAUAAGGGUAUUUAAUGAAAUUCUAAGUGAGAUGCUUGAUCUUACCUAUCGAACAACAUGGAGUGAAGCGCAACAAAUGUUACUUGACAAUACUAGGUUUACAGAAGAUGUAGAGUUACAAAAUCUCGAUAAAGAAGACGCCUUAAUCUGUUUUGAAGAGCAUAUCUGUAUGCUUGAACAAGAGUAUGAAGAGGAGAAAGAUCGUGAACGUCGUAAACAGAAAAGGGAACAACGCAAAAAUCGUGAAGCUUUUAUAGUCCUGCUUGAGGAGUUGCAUGAACGUAAACUACUCACAUCUAUCUCUUUAUGGAAAGAUCUUUAUCAGAUUAUAAAUAAAGAUGAUCGUUUCCAUAAAAUGCUUGCUCAACGUGGUUCCACUCCACUUGAUCUGUUUAAAUUCUACGUGGAAUCAUUGAAAGCUCGUUUCCCUGCAGAGAAAAAGAUAAUCAAAGAGAUCUUAAAGUAUAGUAGUACACCAUUCGAUACAUCUGUUACCUUUGAUGACUUUUGUUCAAUAAUAACUGCUGAUGAACGGAGUAAAGGAAUCGAUGAUGGCAAUCUGCGUUUGGCGUAUGAUAGUUUAUUAGAAAAAGCUCAAAAUCGGGAACGUGAACGUCAAAGAGACGAUGCUAGGCGUAUGCGAAAAUUGGAACAGAAUUUCUGUGAAAUGCUCUCCUCAUCGAAUUUCAUUCAACCAACUACUAGUUGGGAAGAAGUUCGAGAGAAGUUGGGUGAUCAUCCUGCCUUUAAGGGUUUAUCAUUGGAAUCUGAAAGAAUACGACUUUUCAAAGAACACAUAAUGUCAAUCGACAAUUCUUUCAAUGAAGAUAAUCAUCGUUCUCGUAAGGAUAAGCAUCGACAUGACGAGUCUGCCUCCGCCAAUCAAAAUAAUGACAAAGAAGUGGAUCAGAAGAGAAAAAAAGAAACCGUAUCUCCCUCACCAGCUCCAUCAAACGAUAGUCGUGCUCAAAAGUCAGAUGAUGGUAGUGGGGAUAAACGUGCCUCUCAGAAACAUCGUAAACAUCGUAAGUCGAAAAAAUCGAAACAUCGUAAAUCGAAGCAUCAUAGUAAACACCGUAAAGGCACUGACAACAAGCGUCCAGAUGAUGAAUUAGAAGAAGGCGAGGCAGCUGACGACGACGACGAUGAUGAUGACAAUGAUGAAGAUGGUGGUGGUGAUUCUGCUAAUCCUGAAGCUGUCGCAGCUGCCGGUGGUGGUGGUGAUGCUAAUAAACGCCAACGUCGUCAUCGACACGGUGGAGGUGGUGGUGGACGUCGUCAGUCACGCACAUCUGAUCCUGAAGACGGUGAAGAGUUGGACAGUACAAGUGAUGGAGAAGUCUAUGAUCAUGAUUCGAAGCGUAAAAGACGUUAGUUAGUUGGUAUUUAUAAAAAAAAUCGAAAACAGAAAACACAAAAAGGAGAAUUUUUAUAACUCCUUUUUGGGGUUAUUUAUUUAUUUUCUACGUGUGUGUACAUAGUGAAGCAUCGUCAUCAUCAACAACUUUUUACUCUCUGCGGUUUUGUUUUCAGUUCCAUUCUGUGAAGGUAUUUGAUACUUUAUUUGCAAUAGUACAAUUUUGUGAAUUGGUUGCCUUGAUGAAAUAUACCAACAUAUGCUUUGUA